AUGAAAAGCGGACCCCCAGCACACAUACACACGCAAGGGGGAAGAAGAACUGAAGUCGAUCCUCAACUGCGAAUCUGUUGUGAUCUUGUAAUGACGGAGCUGACGGAAGAGAAAACCUGGCUGGCCGACAAGCUGCAGCAUUGCAUCGGUGAUGACAUCGUCGGAGUACCUGACGGCGCGACGGCGGCGUGCUGGGACUGCAGCAUCUGCCUGGAGACGGCGACGGAGCCGGUGGUGACGCUGUGCGGCCACCUCUACUGCUGGCCCUGCAUCUUCCGCUGGCUCACCACCUCCUCCAAGUCCAAGUCCCGCGCCUCGUCCUCCGCGCGCUGCCCCGUCUGCAAGGCCGCCGUCUCCGAGGACCACCUCGUGCCGCUCUACGGCCGCGCCGCCGCCACCCUAAGCCCGGCCGGAGGCAGAGGAGGCAGGGUUUGUCAGGUACCCCGUGGUCUGCCGGUGCCGGGGGCGGGGCCGAACGUGGAGCGCCUUCAGGAGCCGGACUUGCACGACGGCGGCAACUUCUACUACUACGAGAAUAUUGGCAUCAAUGGCCUGGACUGCUCCAACGCGGAGCGCUUGCUCGGCGGCAUCGCGCUGGCGGUGUUACUCCCAUGGGCGACGAGGGGCGGUGGGAGGCCACCACCGCCGUCCUUGUACCGCGACGGCGAGGGCUGGAGGAUGGCGCGCCAGCAGAGGCGGGUGGCGCGCAGGUUGUGGCAGCUAUGGGUGUUCCUCGCCAUGGUGGCGUUCCUCUGCUUCCUUCUUCUUUGA